GUAACGACCAAUUGGAAUUAGCCGAAGGCAUUUAUUGUUGGCUCCUGAGAUACCGGUUCCGGUGCGUAUGGUAAUCUUAAGCGAGUUGCAUUUGUCUCACAGUUAGUUGUCUAUGCGUUGUGAUAAAAGGAAUUGUUCAGUGUAGAGAUUGGCAUUUGAUCGCCGUGUAUGGACUAGACUGGUGGUCAAGUUCGAGUUCGCAAAGCAAACAAAACUACGAAACGAAUAGUUGCUGUAGCAGGUUAUCUUAACGGGUGUGAAGUGUGAAGACACCGAAAUUGUGCGAGUGUAAUAUUUGGUGAUUUUUGAGAUAUUUGUGUAUAUGUGUAUGUGGACGAGGACUUUGAAUAAUGUCCGUGUCAUCUAGAUUUGCCUUUACAUUGUUGUUGUUAAUACGAGUACUUCUGCUCAGUGCCAGUGAGCAUGUGGAAAUAAUAUCUGAAGGUGAAUCAAACAAUGAAACCAACGGUGAACAUUUUGGUCCAAAUGCAAAGGAUAUAUUGCAUAAUGUUAUACCCCAGAGAGUGGCCAAUUCAUUGCCUACCUAUGAUAAGGCUUUGGCUUACAAUGGGACCACAAAAGACAACGCAAUACCGCACAGUGAUGAAUACCUGGAACGUAAUCAGCGCCUUUGUUUCGAGAAACGAAGCUUUCUUUCCUGUAUUAAAUACAGAGCUUCGAAAAUAGUUUGGAUGUUGGCUACCAACAAGCUUGGCUACUUCCCCAAUGAGUACAGUCGUGCAUUGGUGGGGGAUCAACGUCGCGUACGCGUCAUACAGCUGGGGGAACCGGCUGAUAUCAUGGUUUUCCACGAUGCCCGGAGUUUACAAGGUGAUAGUGAGUUUGUGAGCAUAGCGAAGUUUCUCAAACGUGCAGCCGAGACCUUUAGCCGUAAUCAUGCCGUACAAGUGAAAUUAUCCAGCGAAACAGGUGCGCGCAUCGUGGACUCCGAAAUUGAUGGGCGUUCACGCCAUGACCGCAAGCGCCGCAAGUGGCUCGUCAUACUGCCACUCAUCAUUCUGUUGAAAAUCGCCCACCUCAAAAUGAGCGUUGUGACUUUGCUGCUAGGCGUUCUUGGGGUGAAUGUGCUGUUGGUGGGCGGCAUGGGCUGGUUGAUACACUAUCUAAAAUUCAAGACAUUGUGUAAAAUACAUCCGCAUUUGGUGCAAUCGCAUUCGCAUGUCUACGACUCCGAUCCGGCUGAUUAUUCCUCAUUCAUUGGCAGUAGCUUUCCUGGCUCCUAUUAUAGCGGCGCUGGUGGCGGUAUUCAUGAAGUUGGCGGAAAAGAUUGGGCCACAAGUAAGGCGUACAAUGGCGGCAAUUAUUUGGACACCAUCAGUAAGCGGCUGAAAUAGCUCAAAAUGAUGUUCUGGCGGUAUUUGUUGAACAUUUGGCGAAAAUAUUAUGUGCACUACUAUCGAUUUUAUGCACAGAUAAUCGGAAAUCUAGGGUAGACAAGUUGCUACUAGUUAUUUGUUAUUUAUAUUUAUUCAAUAGAUGUAGCAAGUCAGAUCAAGCUGAAGUCUUUUGUGUAGUAUAAAUCAAUUUACCCGCUUUUGCAGUAAUGAGUAUGUGUCUAUAUAUAUCCAGAUUUUAAUUUAAAAUAUACAUACAUACAUACAUAUAUGUUCUGGUUGGUUCUUUUCGAAAUUAUAUAAUGUUUUUUCUGAAAUAAUGGUUCCUCUCACUUCUUUACUAAGAACCAGUUUGUCCAUCGAGGCUACUGAAGCUUAAUAGCAACCAAAGUUAGCCAAUAUUUUACAUUAAACUUUCUUUUUGUUUCCUUCAAACCGCUAUAAUUUAACUUUAUAUGAAAACGACAAGUGGUUGUCAUUUUUCUCGUAAAUAUAAUGUAAAGAUCAAAAAAGGUUAAACUGAGCUAAAUCUGUUCGAAGAAAUCGGCCGUAAUUUUUUCCUUAGAUAGGCAUACAGCACUUCUACUAGAAAUACCUAAGUUGCUGUUAUUUACCACCGAUAUUAUCAAACCUGUUAUAUCUUGUAAUAAUUAACAUUUCCCUAUUCAACUCUUUUAUUGAAUUAUAUUUCGAAGGUCAUGUAAUCUUUGAGGUUUUCUUUAGAAUAUUCGUUAUGUAAUUAUUAUAUUAUGAUUUAAAUAUGCCUUAUUUUAUUUUUGUGCCUAUCACUUCUUUUACAACAUAAAAUAUUGUUUCUUUCGCAUUUACAAAUUUUCAAUAAUAUUUCUUAUGUUUAACACAAAUAAUUCGUUUGAAAUAGUAUUUUUCAUCAGAAUUAAAAAUAACUAGCAAAAUAUUAAGUAAUUUUAAGUAGUAAAUUAUUUAUCGCACUAAGUUUGUUAAAAGUUCUAACGCAACUUCACAUUUGUCUGUGU